AUGCCACCGAGCUUCGUAACCUCUUUGACGUCGAAUCGUCGUUCAAAUGGAAAUUUCAGACAACGGGAAAACCCUCAGCAGACUGCUGGGAGCUCCUCGAGCAGGAGGCGCAGGUCGCGCUCCCCAGAGCCCCGUGUCGUAGAGGAAUCUUCGUCCAGAAAUGACACUCACAAUGGCCGAAGAAAGAAGAAGCCUUCUACAAACGAGGCUGUCGUAUGUUCUUCUGCACAUGACGAUGUACCUAUGGACCGUGAUUGCAGGGCCAAAGCAAGGACGUCUAGAGUGCUUUUCUUUGCUGAAGAGGGUGACGGUCCUGUUACUCGAGAGCACGCUCGUGAUCGUGGCACGGGAAAUAGCAGAGGCAAGCGGAGGGAGCGGUCCAGGUCGCAUGAAACGUCUCAACGUCCAUCUAGAAAGACGGCGUCUCCCGAACCUAUGGAUGAUGACAGUGAGCCCCAGCAUACGACUUAUUGCGGUCCUUUGGCUAUGGCAGACUUUCAUCGUAUGAGGCACGAAUUAGAGGCAUUGAGAAAGGAAAAGGCUGUGUCAAAGAAGACGAUCGCUAAACAGAGUAGAACCAUCGAUGAAUUACGGAAGGAAGUUACCAACCUGACGAAGUCGGAGAAAGAGCGGUCUAAGGAGAUUGAGUCAAUGCGAAAUCAGAAUAAAAAGUCGGAUGAGAUCGUCGCGAACUUCGAGGCUACUUUGACUUGUCCCAUAUGUACAGAUGUCCUUUCAAAGCCACAUGGCCUGUCUCCUUGCGGUCACGUCCUGUGCCAAACUUGUCUGCAAGAGUGGUUCCGUUCUGCUCCCGUCGAUGAUGAUGACAUGUACGACGACGAGGAUCCGCCUUCUAUUCUUGAUCGCAAGAAAACUUGUCCUAGCUGCCGUGCCUCUGUGCUUAGCCGUCCUAUCCCUCUCUUCCUCGUGAAGUCACUUGUCUCCGAUGUUGAGAAGGCGAAAACUCCGGCGAACACACCUCGUCGCCCAUCGCCACCGCGGGAGGACGAGGGGGACCCGUGGGCGGACAUAUUCCGCGAACAUGUCCACGGUGGUUGGUUCACCGAUGAUGAUGAGCAAGAUCGCGACGAGGACGACGAGGAUGAGGACGAAGACUACGACGAAGAAGACAAUUGGUCGUACGAAGGAUAUGGCUCCGGAGACGACGAGGAGCACUACGAGGGUGUGUACGUCCGUCCGCGAUGGUCCCCGCCGACGGUGCAUGCCGUACAUAAUGACUUCGCUUUCAUGGACGACUCGGAGGACCUCGACAUCGCUAUGUUACGGCGCGGCGCGACCCUGCAGAUGAUCGACCUCUUUGGUAUGAGUUACACUCACGAUACGGGUCUCAGGGCCAUCGUGGACAUCAAUACCACAGUGUAUCUCGGCUGGAACAUCUUCCUGCACCCUGACGACGAGUCGGGCGAGGAGUAUAUGGACUGGAUCACCGCUGAUAUGUAUGAGCGUCCGGAGAGGUGGGAUUUCGAGGACGAUGAUCGUGGAAACAGGACGGCUUGGAAGCUUGUGCCACAAGAUGAUGAUGAGGAGUAUUCCACUACCGAUUCUGAGGCGUGGGUGGCAGACCUAAUGAGCGAUUGA